GCUGGGACCCUGCGCUGGUCUGCAGGGGCCGGCGGGUGCUGGCCAGCUGCCGCCAUGCCUGCCUCGCUGCUGUGGGCCGUGGACCUCUUCGGUCGCGUGUGCACGCUCUCCACCGCGGGCCAGUGCUGGGAGCCCUGCCGGGACGCGCAGCUGGAGUUCAAGCGCGUGAGCGCCACGCGGCACUGCUGCUGGGGCAUCGCCGCCGACAACCAGGUCUACCUGUACGUGUGCGCCAGCGACGUCCCCGUGCGCCGCCGGGAGGAGGCCUACGAGAACCAGCGCUGGAACCCCGUGGGAGGCUUCUGCGAGAAGCUCCUGCCCAGCGACCGCUGGCCAUGGAGUGAUGUGAGUGGGCUCCAGCACCAGCCGCUGGACGGGGUGGCGCUGCCCUCACCCCACUGGGAAUGGGAGUCAGACUGGUACGUGGAUGAGAACUUUGGCGGGGAGCCCACCGAGAAAGGGGGCUGGACGUAUGCUGUCGACUUCCCGGCCACCUACACCAGGGACAAAAGGUGGAACUCCUGUGUGCGGCGGCGGAAGUGGAUCCGGUAUAGGAGAUACAAGUCCCGGGACACUUGGGCCAAGAUCCCAUCAAAGGAUGACCCCAAGGAGCUCCCUGAUCCCUUCAACGACCUCUCCGUGGGUGGGUGGGAGAUCACGGACGAGCCUGUGGGCCGCCUGUCGGUGUGGGCCGUGUCUCUGCAGGGAAAGGUGUGGUACCGAGAGGACGUCAGCCACCCCAACCCUGAGGGCUCUUCCUGGUCCCUCAUGGAGACGCCGGGGGAGGUGGUGCAGAUCAGCUGUGGGCCCCACGAUCUGCUGUGGGCUACGCUCUGGGAAGGCCAGGCCCUGGUCCGGGAAGGCAUCAGCAGGCACAACCCCAAAGGAAGUUCCUGGUCCAUCGUGGAGCCCCCUGGGGCUGAGAACGGCAUCAUGCACAUCUCAGUGGGGAUCAGUGUGGUCUGGGCUGUCACCAAGGACCGGAAGGUGUGGUUCCGGAGAGGCGUCAACUCCCACAACCCCUGCGGCACCAGCUGGAUUGAGAUGGUUGGAGAAAUGGUGAUGGUGAACGUGGGCCUUGGAGACCAGGUGUGGGGCAUCUCCUGUGAGGACCGGGCCAUGUACUUCCGGCAGGGUGUCACCCCCAGUGAACUCAGCGGGAAGACCUGGAAGGCCAUUGUGGCCAGCCGGGAGUGUGACCGGUCCCACUCAGGCAGCUCAUCCAGUCUCCUCAGCGCCGGCUGCUUCUUCGGCGAGGAGGUCAGGGGUGGUGGGGAGUCCUCUGCCCCCAGCGACAGCGACGCCACCUCAGAAACGGACCGACCAGUCCCUGACCAGCCUCACCCUGCAGACUCUCUGGAAGGCACUGGAAGCUGCCAGGGCAGCUCGGCUGGGGGACCAGGGCCUGACUUGCCCACCACAGGGGCUGAGGAGGACUCAGGUGAGGGCUCUCGGCACAGCCCUGCGUCCUCCCCCGCUGAGCUGCCCUGGACCAACAUUGACCUCAAGGAGCCCAGGAGGGCACCCGGCCACUCGGCCCCCGGACCCCCCGAGCCCACAGGCCUCUCCUCCCUGGGGCUCCUGCCACUGGGCCUAGACGAGCCCUAUGUCACCGAUGACCACCCACUGUGGGCAUGGGUGUCCGGAGGAGGCUGCACCGUGGAGGCCCACGGGACCCUCAGAUGGUUCUCUGCCCAGCCAGGCCUGUCUCUGGCUGUGCAGACACUGGCGCCGCCGGUGACACCGGCUCAGACCGCUGCCUGGAGGAAGCAGAUCUUCCAGCAGCUCACAGAGAGGACCAAGCGUGAGCUGGAGAACUUCCGGCACUACGAACAGGCCGUGGAGCAGUCUGUGUGGGUGAAGACGGGCACGCUGCAGUGGUGGUGUGACUGGAAGCCCCACAAGUGGGUGGACGUGCGUGUGGCCCUGGAGCAGUUCACGGGGCAUGACGGCGUGCGUGACAGCAUCCUCUUCAUCUAUUACGUGGUCCACGAGGAGAAGAAGUACCUCCACCUGUUCCUCAACGAGGUGACAGUGCUGGUGCCCAUCCUGAAUGAAGCCAAGCACUCCUUCGCCCUGUACACUCCUGAGAGGACCCGGCAGAGGUGGCCCGCACGCCUGGCCGCUGCCACCGAGCAGGAAAUGAAUGACUGGCUGGCCCUGCUCAGCCUGUCAUGCUGUGAGAGCCGGAAGGUGCACGGCCGCCCCUCCCCCCAGGCCAUCUGGUCUGUCACUUGCAAGGGGGAUAUUUUCGUGAGUGAGCCCAGUCUGGACCUGGAGGCCCCUGAGCGCCCACUGCCCUGUGACCAGAUGUUCUGGCGGCAGAUGGGCGGUCAUCUGCGGGCGGUGGAGGCCAGCGGUCGAGGCGUGGUAUGGGGCCUGGGCUAUGACAACACUGCUUGGGUGUACACUGGUGGCUACGGCGGUGGCAGCUUCCAAGGCCUGACUGGCAGCACCAGCAACAUCUACCCGCAGUCGGACGUGAAGUGUGUCUGCAUCUAUGAGAACCAGCGCUGGAACCCUGUCACUGGCUACACCAGCAGGGGUCUGCCCACAGACCGGCACAUGUGGAGCGAUGCCUCUGGGCUGCAGGAGCGGACCAAGGCCAGCACCAAGCCGCCCUCACCGCAGUGGACAUGGGUCUCUGACUGGUAUGUGGAUUUCAGCGUUUCUGGGGGCACCGACCAGGAGGGAUGGCAGUAUGCCAGUGACUUUCCUGCCGCCUACCGGGGCUACAAGACCAUGAAGGACUUCGUCCGGAGGCGCUGCUGGGCCAGAAAAUGCAAGCUGGUUACCAGCGGGCCCUGGCUGGAGGUGGCUCCCAUCGCCCUGGGGGAUGUGUCCAUCAUCCCCGAGAGCCUGGGCGCCGAGGGCAGCAUUGCCCUGUGGGCCAUCAGCGACAAGGGGGACGUGCUGUGCCGCCUGGGCGUGUCUGAGCUCAACCCAGCGGGCUCCUCUUGGCUGCAUGUGGGCACCGACCAGCCCUUCACCUGUGUCUCUGUGGGCAGCUGCUACCAGGUGUGGGCCGUGGCCCGAGAUGGCUCUGCUUUCUAUCGGGGGGCCGUGUCCCCUUCCCAGCCAGCCGGUGACUGCUGGUACCAUAUCCCCUCCCCAACAAAACAGCGGCUGAAGCAGGUGUCGGUCGGGCAGACGGCCGUGUACGCCGUGGAUGAGAACGGGAACCUGUGGUACCGGCAGGGCAUCACCCCCAGCUACCCGCAGGGCUGCAGCUGGGAGCACGUCUCCAACAACGUGCGCAGGGUCUCCGUGGGGCCCCUGGACCAGGUCUGGGUCAUUGCCAACAAAGUCCAGGGGAGCCACAGCCUGAGUCGGGGGACAGUGUGUCACCGCACGGGGGUGCAGCCCCAGGAGCCCAUGGGGCAGGGUUGGGACUAUGGCAUCGGGGGUGGCUGGGACUACAUCUCCAUCCGGGCUAACGCCACCAGGGCCCCCAAGAGCGGGUGCCAGGAAGCCAGCGGGCCCCUGCAGGAGGUGGUCAGCGGCCCCGUGCGGUGCUGAGGGGCCAGCAUCAUCCAUAUUGUGAUGCAAGUGCCCAGAAUGUGAAGCUUUGGGGAAACCUUGUAGCCCCUCCCACCACCUACCCCAUCUCCAGGACCAGAACCAGGAAUGCCAUUCUGAGCCCAGACCCCCAUCCUGGGCAGCAAUCCCACCCCCCCGUGCCUCCUGCCCUCCGAAGAGAAGGACAGAGAGGUUGGAGUGGCCAGCGUCCCUCAGCACAGGACCUGCAAGGAGGGGGCCCUUCCUUCAGAGGUUGCAGGGAGGUGGCUGAGAGGGGAAGUGCUUGCUAGAGGGAGCGGGCAGUCCCCUCUCCAGGUGGGCGUGGCUCCUGACACGGAGCCCUGCACGGGUCCAGGGAGUCCCCAGGUCCCGGGGCAGCCACACGCAGGUCUUGGGGUGGCAGAGCUUUUCUGUGGAUCAUGAGGUGGAGUACCGGGUGAGGGCCAGCCUGGAUGACCAGGCAGCAGUCCAAGAUCCUGUGCUGGGGCUGAAGCCCCACAAGCCCCUGACAGAGCUGCAGGGCAUCAGAGGGCGCCCAUGGACAGCCUGCUUGGUGAGUCCCGAGCCAGCUUCCUACCUUGAUGUCUGGUCUGGAAAGCCAUGGGCUGCCAUGCCCACCUGGGACCCAGCACCCAUCUGCAUGCAGCCUCCCACGAGAGCAGGGCCGGCCCCACUUGGUUCAGUCUCACUGUCCAGUGAUGGGGAGCCACCUCCUGCAGGCACUGAGGGCACGGUGCAUUCUGGGGAGGUGGGUCCCGGGUGGGGUGGAUGGCACAGAGCUCGCAGACAAAUCAUGAAGGGUGGACCCUCCCUGUCUGUUUACACUUGAAAGUCAAGUCCCCUGCCCCCUCUCUGCGGGGGAGCGAGGGCAUUAGGGCUGCUUCCCACUAAGAGGACAUGUCACCCUGUGACUGCUGUUAGUUCCUGGGGGCACCCACGUCCCCACCCCUGCCAGCCUCCCAGGGCCACCCCACUUCCUCAGAUAAGUGUGCAAUGAAUGUCCAAUAAAAGGCACGCCAGCGUGCGAAAACCA